GUGGUCAAUUCGUCGAUGAUUAAGCGAGGUGUGAACGGUGCCGGCGGAGAGGGUGUGGAAAAAUCAUUACCGCGGCUGACUUACGCGUCGCAAAAUCUUUACUGCAGUCUACCCCGCGAACACGGUCGUCAGUUUCACCAACAGAACGUCACCGUCGGUUCCUCGGGGUCUCGAAAAAUUUCGAAAACAUCCAACGGCCACACGGAAGCAACGGGGCAAAAUCCUCCCCGCCCGAGAUCGAACAGUGCGAAUUUUUACGGCGUGAAAUCACCGCAAAUCUCCAUGCAAACCUCCUCGACCGCGACCGUGCUGAAGAGAGGAGGUCCUGCUUACAGCAGCGACGGCAAGAGCAUAAAACGUAGAAAUCAGCGGGACAGACGAAGACACUCCUUGAAUGAAAUUCUCCAGGACGACAACAGGACAACGACGUCUUCCCGGGUCAAAGAAAAAAGGUGUAUCCCGGAUGGCGGGGACGUCGGACGCACGAUGACGGACCUGCAGCCGUCCUCACCAGGAUAUCGCGGCCAGGAUGAACCCCCGGGUCCAGCCCGAUCACCGUCAGCUGCCACCACAUUCUCGUACUCAACACACGGCCAUACCGCAGUUGGUACAGAAAAUUCACCGUACAAAAAUUCAACCCCCUAUUCCACGGAGGGUUACGGAAAACAGAAUUCUUCUCCUCCGUCUUCUGCUUCUCCCAAUUCACCCUCGCGUACAUCGGGCACGCAGUUGCAAAACGAUUUUUAUCACAUACACAAAAAUAACGAUGCCCAGAUCAACCGUAACGAACGCGAAAUCGUCAGUAAAAAAAAUUCAAUCAUCACCGGGUACAACGACGGUUACAAGAAAAAUACACCUGGGUACAAAAACGACAGCGGCUACAGCGAAAGCUCCGGAUUCGGUAGCUACAGUUUGCCGCUCAGCGAAAGAGACGAGGCCUCGCCGCCCCCUACGCCUCCGGUCAGGGACGCCUCCAGUCUCAAAGGAGUUUGCUACGGACCUGGUCACGAGAAAUAUCCGUCCUGGCCGACCGCGCCGGAGCAUCACAGCCCCGAGGAAGAAGUUAUACACGCAGCUUCGUCGCACGGUGGUUCCCACAGGUCAAAAUCUUGGACGGAUCACACGACGUAUCCUAAGGAAAAACCGGCACAGUACACGAGACCACAUACCAAAAGACCGAAUCCAGCGUUUACUCAACAGCUGAAAACGGUGAUGGAGCGGUGCGAGAAAAUACCAGCCGAAACAUACGAGGCCCGUAACAGAAGCAACGUCGAAUCAGCCACAGAGUCAAGACUUUGGCCCCGCGUGGAUCGCGAGGGCAAAUCCCUAGGGGAUGUCGAAUACGUAGCUCCUUCGCCUCCUGAACGGGAACAGCAGCAACCGCCGCAAACGCUUAGCCACGCGGACCUCGAAGCUUACGUGAGGAGUUACCAGGACCCUCAGGUCGGACAGGUGGACUUGUACCAGGAGAGCAACCUGACGCAAGCCGGACUCGAGGAGUACGCCAGGGUACAACAUUCGCAGCAGGCUAGUUACGCGCAAUCGGAAGGAUACCACAGCUACGUGUCCAGUGUCGAUUCCACCACUAACACUCCUUUUUUGGACAGACUGAGGAGAGACAGCGAGGCGGUUGCUCAGCGACCGACUUCAUCCUGGGACGACGCGAGGGAGGGCAGAGAUAGCGUCGUCACGACGUCAAGCGGGAGCGCGUCGAGCAGCGAGACCCUCAAGUGGCACGGAUCCAUGUCGGACGUGAGCGUGGCCAGCGGUCUUCCGGCGCGUCAGAGCGGCAUCCCUGAGAAAUGGCACCACGGCUCCAUGUCCGACGUCAGCAUCGGCGCUCCUACGCACAAGCAGUCUAACUCGCACGACAAGUGGCAGGGUUCGCUCGGCGACGUCAGUACCGCCGGUGUCGUUCCACCGGUUAAGGCGAGACACUGUGACAAGUGGCAGGAAAAUUGGCAGAAUUCGAUGAACGAUAGGAACAAACGAGGCGUAAGGAACGGCCUUCCGAUCGUCGGUCACGGAUCGAACGGCGACGUUUGCGCGACGCCGACGAGUCGCGAGGGGGGAAAUUGGCAGGAGUCGAGUAUCGACGACGAGGAGACGCGUCCCCGCGACAGGGAGGGGAACAACGACGUGUGGAACGAUUCGGUUGGGAACGAACGCGGGAUCGUCGACGAGAAGUACAACAAUUCCCUCAAUCAACCGAUGCCCCAGAGUCCGACGCAUACGCAGCACGUCGUUGGAAUCGGCGCGCCGCGGAGCCCCGAGAAUUGGAACUCUCAUCACGGUUCCAUGUCGGAUCUGAGCGCCAACGGUCCUCAAGGCAGCAAACAACUGAUAGCUCACAGCGCCAGGGUCCAAACGCCCCAGAGACAUCAUUCCGAGAGCGUAUUGUACCUGGACAGGGAACGGAAUCAGAGAAAAUUGUAUCCCGUCGGUAAUCAGCAAGCUCAAGAAACCGGUCUACCUUCGAGAGUAACGCCGACGUCACCGCAGCAGCCUCAGUUGUCGGUAGCCGAGCGUAUAAGCGAACUGGAAAAACAGCAGCUUCAACAACAGAUGCGCUACACUUAUCUGGAUCCCGACAAGCGUCACAGGGUCUCGGAUCCGACUCUGAAAGCGAUACAGAAGAAGGCACUGCUCUCGUUUUACGAGAGGCAUCAUCAGGCCUCUUGGAGAUCGGAACCUCAGUUGGCCCAAGGAUCAGCAACUCCCGCGCCCCAGAGUCCUCCGCCUCAACCGCCGCCGCGACCGAGACCACCGUCCUCCAGAAGAGCGAGUUCAGCGUCCGAUUACGCCAGCGGUGGUACGUGGCGUGAGAAAUCUAGCCGCAAUUCGAACGUCGCCGAUCCGCCGAGUCCGAAACACCAGCACAGCAACAGCUGCGGCAGUCUGUCGACGGAUCUAUUGGGACCCGUGAUCGUCGGACCGGCCAUAUCCAUCGACGAUUGGGUGCCGGAGCGACCGCCGAAGAAACCCCACCUGAGGAACGUCUACAACGAUCGCGUACCUAGUCCGGAUUUACCGCCACCUUCGCCGCCCACCGUAACCGAGCUGGAAGUCAUCAAUUUCGACGACCCGCUGCCACCGCCGCCCAGCGAACUGCAGAGCGACGCGUACAACAGUCAGGAGAACAAGGAGAAUUCCCACGGGAUAAUCGAGGACAAGAGGAGGGACCACGGACUGGAGAGACACAAGUCUCAGCAGCCCGAAAGACAGUCGACCAGACGCUCGACGAAACACGGCCAAAAACGAGAACACGAUAAAUCGAGCAAAUCAUCGCCCGCGAAAAAUCAUCAGGGGGAUCGAAACAAUUUCGUGAGGUCGACGACCGUCGCGAAACACGCGGAUUCCGGGAUGAUCGUGGAGAACGGAGUGUCCGCCGGUUUCGCCACCCACAGAAUGGUCGCCACCGGCAGAUCGAGUCUGAGGUAUCCCUCGACGCAGAAACUGAUGGUCAACGGAAGGGUGGCACCGGCGGCCAGAAGGGUAACGGAAGAGAGACUUCUAUUCCCCGCGAGACCACCGGCGCAGUUACCGGAUCUGAUAUCGCAGAGGUACAGCGACUCCGGUAAUCAGAGACCCGCGCCUCAGGUCCCCGUCGAGCCUAGAAUCAUACGGCAGGAAUCGAUGAGGGUGGAGAGCACGAGAAUCGACGCGUCCGGCCUGCUGAGGAACGACAGUCAGAGGCUGGAGUCGUCCUCCGGUCAGAGACCGCAGCCUCAGGUGCCUACCAGCGAGUCCAAAGGACCCGCGCAACCACCACCCAGGCCCAACUACUUGCCACUACAGCCGGACGCCGGUGGAGGAAAAUCCUCGAAGUACGCCGAAAGUAAUCACAACUUCACGCUGAGCAGUCCGAUAAAGACGAGCUACGAGGCUAGCUCGAAAUUGUUCGCCGAAGGUAGUCCUCAGAAGUAUCACGAGCCCCCCAAGUACGUACCGAACUCCCAGAGACACGCGGAAAACGGACCGAGAAAUUACUACGCUCUGCCGCCAAAGUACACCGAUGCCCCGAUCGGUCAAAAACCGCAGUCGCAGGCUCCGGUGGACAGGUACGCCUGCGGGUCGCCGAGCUCUCCUCCUCCUCCGCCCUUGGCACCCAGGCAGAAUACGCCGGGACGAAAAUCUCUUCCACCGCCGCCGAGACCCGCACCUCCCCACGCUCAGCAAGGAAGUCAAUCCAAGGCGUCUUAUUUAGCCUACAGAAGAGAACGCGGGGCUCCAGAUAGCGAGGGGAGUUACAAACGAACCAUGUCACCGACGGCCCACGUGGACGAUUGGCCGCCCAAUCUGAGGGACAACGACGAUCCGGUGCUUUUGAGGGUUACGCCUCGACAUUCCCAUGCUCUCAAUAACUCCGAACACCAGCAGCAGCAGCAGCAGCAACAGCUUCUGAAAUCGCACAGCGUUGACGCGCUUCAUCACCGUUUGGAAGAAAGAACCGCGCAUUCGGUCGAGGUCAUCGGCAAACUGUCUUACGAUCUCAGUAAAAAACUUCAAGCUAGCGAAGUGAGAAGUGCGAGCGUUAACAGGGGUGAAAAUAACGUGAUCGGUAACAACAACAACAAUAACAAUAACUUAGAACAGAAUCAAAUCGGCGUAGAAAGUGUGGAGAGGAAAGAACGAAUAUCGCCGCAAAGUAUCGAAGUUCUCAACGACCGUAAUAGACAGUUGGAAAGAGAGAGACGCAAGUUGGCAGCUAGCUGCGAACUGUCCAAUUCCAUGGGGCAGAUGCGUUCGAACGAAAAAGAAAUUUUACUCGCGAAAUGUGAGAAUAAUUAUCAGAGGGAACGUUCGGCUACGAUCGAAAUGACGUCGAGAAACGUGGAACUGUUGAACCGUCGGAACGCCGGUGGCGAGAAAUGCAGAUCGCAGCCUUUGAUCGAAAGCGUGAGGGAAACCAGAGAGAAAUUAAAUUUCGACACCAGACCGCCGCCCGUCAUAGAAAAACCACCUCCGCCUACAACCUCGCCACCCAGAACGCCGGAUCUUGUGGAACGGAGACAGAGCAGUCCGAGUUCGAACAGAUCGGGGGCGGUUCCCAGAAGAUCGGGAAGCUGUUCGAGCUCGAGUUCCUCGUCGUUGAAAUCGUUGAAUUCGCGAAAUUCGAACACACUGCCGUCCAGAAGUUCGCCGAAAGUCAGCGGUCGACGUGGAAACGACUCGCCGAAUUCCAGGGUAGAUUCUUCGCCCUCUACGUCGCCGUGCAGCGAUUCCUGCAAUUUCAUCGUCGAGCACAUAAGCAUCUCGUCGAGACGAAAAGUUUCCAGUCCUACGCAGACGGACGACGCGGAAAAUUUUCGCCCAAGUCGGGAUGAAAUUUUUUUAAGCAAUUCCGUAUCUCCGAUCGAACAAUAUUCCCCCAACAACACGCGCUCCAGUCAGACGACGGGGAGCAGUUUCGAGAACGUUAAAAAUUCCAGAUCGUCGACGGGCUCUCCCGAUUCUUCGCCCUCCACUCCUACCUCACCUACUUCGUUAAAAAAUCCCUUGAAUAAUAUAACUGUAAAUACCGGCAACGAUUCGCCCUGCGUUUCCCCGCAACCUGGAAUCGAAGGGCUCACUCUGGUACAAAGGACGGAAAUCGUGUUGAGAGUGAACGCCGCGACGAGCGACGCAGCUUCGCAGACGGAACUUCUAUCCGACGACGAACCGAGUCGCGAAAAUCGUCCGGACGCCGAUCAAUCGCAAGUGCAACCCGAACCGAGGAAAAAAUCACCCGAAGAAAUCGAAUGCGAAGAAUUGAGCAGAGAUCUCGCCAGUCAACUGAGUCCGAACGACAAACUAGUCCCUAUCCUAGUCCCAGUGCCUGAACAUAAAAGGCCCACAGACUACGUCACCGGACUCUUCAGGGUGGAGGCUACUUUACAACCGAGACCUGCGAGGAGGCGACUUUCCAUUUCUCGAUCGGAUGAUACGAUUCCUACUACUAACUGCAGCGGUUCGAACGGCAACAAAUCUGAAAACAACAAAACGGAGACGUUAUCCUCGCCGAUUUCGUCGCCGGAGAUAUCCACGGUCGUCGCGGAUCCUACGAGUCCGUUGUCUCCGACGUCGGCUUAUUUUACGACGUCCGAAGGAAAAGCGAGAUUCCUAACAAGGUAUUCUCGCGACGUUACGGAGGAUUCUGUACUUCCUUCGUCCCAUGGGAACGAUGCAUCCGGCGUCCCGACGCCGACGGCGAACAACGUCGCCAACAAUCAGGACCUCAAACAGAAAAAGGAGGAGCUCGUCAUCCGCCUGGACAGAAAGCUCGUCGUCCUUCGAGCCGAACAGGAAGCCGUUCGAGAAGAAGGCGACGUGAACGAAGCUCUCGGUGCCCGAGUUACAUCCAGAAUUGCUGCGGUAGCUCGGCCAGCCGAAUCGUCAAAGUACCGACUCCACGUCGAAGAAGUUGGUAAAAUUACAAGCCUCCUCCUCGGUUUAAGUGGAAGACUCGCUCGGGCAGAAAACGCCCUUUAUGGAAUGCCAGCCGACCACGUUGAGCGGAAAAUAUUGGAGAGCAAGAGAGACAAGCUGCUGGAUCAGUUGGAGGAAGCGAAGGUUCUGAAAAGUAACAUAGAUAAAAGGAGCGUCAACGUUUCCGCAAUCCUUUCGAAAUACCUUGACGAAGACGAGUUCGCCGAUUAUCAACACUUUAUCAAUAUGAAAGCGAAAUUGAUAAUGGACGGUCGUGAGAUUCAGGAUAAAGUUAAAUUAGGAGAAGAACAACUAGCAGCCCUCAAAGAAGCCAUCGAUUAACUUUAAUUAUUUUAAACGAAUGUAAUUUCACAAUUCUAAGGGAAGAAGAAGAAAGAAAGAAAAAAAAAACAAACAAACAGAUGCCUACAUACACUCGUUAAUCAUUAUUGUCUUUUUUCUCUCCACAACGAAUAUUCGGAGAUUCUAGCGGAGCCUACUUAAUGAUAUACAACGAAUCAGGAUUGAAUGUGCACAUAAAUUAUUCUCUCCUACGCUUUAAUUUUUCACCCACAGGUUUUUACUGUCGAAUAUUAUAUUCGAAAGGGCUAGUCCUAACGAACUUGUGUCGUAUCUAGUGGCCCGGUGAGAACGAUCCAAAAUUUUCCAUCCGGAUUAAUUCGGAAAGUGAAGAGAAAUGAACGAAGUCAGCGUACACGUUGGUCUUGUGUGUAUUUGAUAUAGGGGGGAAAAAAGGAACGAAAAGGUAAAAGGAAAUUAAAAUGAAAAAGAAGAGAGAAAUGAUAAUUUCUCAUCGCACACUCGAAUAGAUUUAUUGUUAUUUAUUGAACACACGAACCCAUUAUGGAAAAAAAACUUACACACAAACAACGUAAGUAAAUCACUGAUCUUCGGAAAUUUCUCAUCUUUGAGAUUGUUUCAUUGGUCCUGUUUUUUUUUUAUUUCACGCUAUUUUCUUCGAUAAAAGAAAAUCAAAAUUUUUUUAAUGUGUUGCAUGAAAUAUAAAUAUAUAUAUAUAUAUUCCUCAUUUGUAUACUUGUAUAUUUAUAAUACGGUACCAUGGAUAGGUGUGGCGACGAAUAAUCACACCGCGGUAAGUAAAAAAACGAGAAAAAAAAAA